UGUCAGUAUUAUCCAACACCACCACCAGACGGACGCCCCUCCCUCGGACGUUCAUUAUAUAAAUAUUACCACCCACCCAAAAUUUAAUUUCUCUGUUUUUAUUUGAUUUGGCUGUAAUCUCUAUGUCAGUUGGGCAUUUCGAGACGUGCGUUCCCUUUUUCUUCUCCUAUUUUUGCAUGCUCUUUCUCCUCUGCUUUACUCGUUGUCGACAGGCUAAUUCCCGCUCCGCUCUGCUCUUCUGAAUGGCGGCUAAGAAGGCCUGCGAGUCAUUCUCCAAGACCUUGAUCGAGGAGGUCCAUAGAUGGGGAUGCAUGAAGCAGACUGGGGUCAGCUUGAGGUACAUGAUGGAAUUCGGCUCCAAACCCACUCACAAAAACUUGUUAAUUUCUGCUCACUUUCUCCACAAGGAGUUGGCCAUUAGAAUUGCAAGGAGAGCUAUCGAGCUCGAGCGCCUCCCAUACGGCUUAUCUGCAAAACCUGCUGUCCUUAAGGUCAGAAACUGGUACUUGGAUUCGUUCCGUGACCUGAGAUCCUUUCCUGAGAUCAAGGAUAUGAAUGAUGAGAAGGAAUUUACUCAGAUGAUCAAGGCAAUCAAGGUGAGACACAACAAUGUUGUCCCCACAAUGGCUUUAGGUGUUCAACAGCUGAAGAAAGACAUGGACCCAAAGAUCGUCUAUGGGGAUCUCCAUGAGAUUCAUCAAUUCUUGGAUCGGUUUUACAUGUCAAGAAUUGGAAUUCGCAUGCUUAUUGGACAGCACGUGGAAUUACAUAAUCCAAAUCCGCCGCCUGAUUGUGUGGGUUACAUACAUACAAAAAUGUCUCCCGUGGAGGUUGCACGAAACGCGAGUGAGGAUGCACGUGCUAUUUGUUUACGCGAGUAUGGCAGUGCACCUGAUGUUAACAUCUAUGGGGAUCCUAGUUUUACGUUUCCGUAUGUCCCAACCCACUUACACCUUAUGGUGUUUGAGUUGGUUAAGAACUCAUUGCGUGCUGUCCAAGAGCGUUACAUGGACUUGGAUAAAGUUGCACCUCCUGUUCGGAUAAUUGUUGCAGAAGGCAUUGAGGAUGUUACCAUAAAAGUCUCAGAUGAGGGAGGGGGCAUCCCAAGAAGUGGUCUUCCCAAAAUCUUCACUUAUCUUUACAGUACUGCAAAAAACCCACUGGAUGAGUAUCUGGAUCUUGGAACAGGUGCUGAAAUGGUAACAAUGGCUGGAUAUGGAUAUGGGCUUCCAAUAAGCCGCUUGUAUGCUCGGUAUUUUGGAGGAGAUCUGCAAAUUAUAUCUAUGGAAGGAUAUGGUUUGCAAUGUCCAUAUGCAGGGACUGAUGCUUAUCUUCAUUUGUCGCGUCUGGGAGAUUCACAAGAGCCUCUGCCAUGAAUGUAUGCUGCAGCUGCGAAUCUGAAGUGCUUUUUUAAUUUAUUGAAACAUGGAAACAUUGGAUGAAUAUGACUAUUUUAACAAAGGGAUGCAGCUGCUUUCAAUUUUUAUUGUGAUAAAUUGGCAGUUCUCCUUGUAUAUGCUUCAUAUGUUUGUUUUCUCUAUUUGGUAAAAAAAAUGCCCUUUUUGACUUGC